CAAGCCCCCGGCCCGCAGCUUCCACCAGGUUGACCAGCUACAAGGACAAGGAGAAAAGCCGGCACAAGCAAGCCGUGUCAACACACGGAUCAAACGAGAGCAUAGAAGAGGCAGCCAAGAAGGGAGCCGCAGGCGUGUGGAGAAGAGGGGAUGGACGUGAAGCGGUCGCGGAGCCCCCGGGCUCCGGCCGGCGGCGAGGACGACAAGAAGCGCGCCGGGUGGCGCGGCGCCGGCGUCCGCCCGGAGAUGGUGCUGGUCGGCUUCCUCCUCACGCUGCCCCUCCUCUUCCUCGUCUUCGGCGGCCGCUGGGGCAGCGGCUCCUUCCCCUCGUCCUCCCCGUCUCCGCCCGUCGUCGCGCGCAACGUCGCCGCCGGCGACCGCGGCGCGACGCCGCAAAGCAAAAAACCAGAAUCUGUUACUCCGAAGAACGUCUCUGCAUCAACCGCAUCAUCUCCUUCCCCCGACAUGCUUCUGGGAGGACUGCUCUCGGCGGGAUUCGACGAAUCCUCCUGCCAGAGCCGCUACAGAUCGAACCUCUACCGGAAGCCAUCCCCUUUCCCGCUCUCCCCCUACCUCGCGCAGAAGCUGCGCAAGUACGAGGCGUACCACAAGAAGUGCGGGCCGGGGACCAAGCGCUACCGGCGUGCCGUCAAGCAGCUCAAGGCCGGUCGCAACGCCGACCACUCCGAGUGCAAGUACGUGGUGUGGUUCCCCUGCAACGGGCUCGGCAACCGCAUGCUCACCAUCGCCUCUACCUUCCUGUACGCGCUGCUCACCGACCGGGUGCUCCUCAUGCACGUCGCGCCGGAGCAGGAGGGCCUCUUCUGCGAGCCGUUCCCGGGCAGCUCGUGGGUGCUCCCGGGUGACUUCCCGGAGAACAACCCGCACAAGCUCCACAUCGGCGCGCCGGAGAGCUACGCCAACAUGCUCAAGAGCGGCGUCGUCCGCAACGACGACCCCAACAGCGUGCCGGCGUCGUCGCUGCCGCCCUACGUGUACCUCCACGUGGAGCAGUUCCAGCUGAAGCUCUCCGACAACGUCUUCUGCGACGAGGACCAGGUGGUGCUCGGCAAGUUCAACUGGAUGGUGCUCAAGUCCGACAGCUACUUCGCGCCGGCGCUGUUCCUGACGCCCAUGUUCGAGGAGGAGCUCGCGAGGAUGUUCCCGCAGAAGGAGGCCGUGUUCCAUCACCUGGGACGGUACCUCUUCCACCCGACGAACAAGGUCUGGGGCAUCAUCAGAAGAUACUACGAGGCGUACCUCGCCAGGGUGGACGAGAAGAUCGGGUUCCAGAUCCGGAUCUUCCCGGAGAAGCCGAUCAAGUUCGAGAACAUGUACGACCAGCUGAUGCGGUGCAUCAGGGAGCAGCGGCUGCUGCCGGAGCUCGCCGGCGCCGCCGAGCCGGCGAACCACACGGCGGGCGGCGCCGCGGGGAAGGUGAAGGCCGUCCUGAUCGCGUCCCUCUACUCGGGGUACUACGAGAAGAUUCGGGGCAUGUACUACGAGAGCCCCACCCGGAACGGGGAGGUGGUGGCGGUGUUCCAGCCCAGCCACGAGGAGCAGCAGCAGUACACGUCGAACGAGCACAACCAGAAGGCGCUGGCGGAGAUCUACCUUCUGAGCUACUGCGACAAGAUCGCGAUGACCGCGUGGUCCACCUUCGGGUACGUCGCCUACAGCUUCGCCGGCGUGAAGCCGUGGAUCCUGCUCCGGCCGGACUGGGACAAGGAGGUCUCCGCGGUCGCGUGCGUCCGGUCCGCGUCCGUGGAGCCGUGCCUGCACUCGCCGCCCCAGCUCGGGUGCAGGGCCAAGAAGAACGUCGACGUGGCCGCCGUCAAGCCCUACGUCCGGCACUGCGAGGACGUCGGGUUCGGCCUCAAGCUGUUCGACAGCUAACUCUUGAGUCGCGGGCAGUCGCUUGAUCCGAAUCCAAAAUCCGAUUCCGAUUCCCCUUCCAGAAUCAGAACUGCGUCCCCUGUGGAGUACGAGUAAUUAGGCAGGCCUUUUGGAGCAUUCGCUGUAUUCCAUUCGUUUCCGGUACCGACCUGUACAAGCGGAAGUUGCAGAGAUGGUUUUCUCUGCACCGUAUUCAAAUUCGUUCGUCGUAAAACAAUUUGCAAAUAUGUACACACAGAUCGAGCUUAUCAACAGGAACAUAAACUGUUUCUUA